AUGGCCGGAGUUACUGCUUCGGCUGCGGAGAUGAUCAAGCAGCUCGAGGCGGCGCGUAAGCUUGCACUGGCAGAUCCUCAAGUGUACAAUCAAGUCCUCCCCGGAAUUCUCCCCAUCAUCGGUCCAGCCGCCCACGUCGAAGUUCGGAGAUGGGGCGCAGAUUUCCUCGCCGAGGCCUUUGCAAGCCCGUCCUUACCAAAUGCACAGAAAGAGCAAUUAACACCCGAGGUGCUGCCAACAUUGCGAGCCAUGUUGGAGGCACCAGAUCAAGAUCCUGAAGUGACGAAGAGCGUGGUCCAGGCGGCGGCGAGUCUAUACCCGUUGGUUUUUAGAAGAAUAAUUUCACAUCCCAAUGAAUCCUCUUUGUGGCAGGACAUGACCAGCAUGAAAUUGAACAUCUUGCAGAGAAUGGACUCUUUCCCAGUCGCAAUCAGAAUAUGCUGCAUCAAAUUUGUCCAAAAGGUCGUGCAAGUAGAGACUCCUGGACUGAUAUCCGAUCCUCGACGUCCGGAACAAAACGAGACCUCUAUCGCUCUGGUCCCGCGAAACCAUCCUUUGCUACAGUUGCAGAAUCUCGAAGCUGAGGCGUCUGGUCUGCUGGACAGACUGCUGAGCGUGUUUCAAGAGAAUUCAAUUGACCCUAUAUUGGUUGAUGCCACACUCAACUGCCUGGCCAUCCUGAUUCGAAGCCGACCCCCAAUAUCCACGAAGAUCGUUUCCGCGAUCCUCAACUUCAACCCAUUCAAACAAGCAAAUUCCCCAAUGACCCCGAGACAGAAGGUGAUUGUUCGGUCGAUGGAGAGGACCACCCGGGCCUUGUUGAGAUGGGUGCUUCGGACUGUGCCGAAUCAUCCCCUUGAACAGAAAAUCCAGGCAUACCUUAUGCGACUUCAACAGUCGCGUGCUGCGUUGUUCACCGACCCUACAGCUCAGAAGCGCCCGGCGGAGCCCACCGAUGGACUGGAUGAUGCGAAACGACAACGGCUCUCUGGCCCACGCAAGUUCCCACCAAUGCCGCCACCGCCAAAUUCUGUGGCCCAGCUCUUCACUCUGACGGAGGACCAAGCACUGCAGCAAUUCGACGUGAGCCUUCUUCCAGCCGACAUUGUUAGUACGGUGACGGCUCUCUUCUUGCAACAUCUCGACCCUCAUGCUCUCGAAGAAGCCGUUAAUGCCGUCCGAGCGAGAUACAGCCACCUACAAAAAGUCACUCAGCCCACUCCGGUUCCCGAAGUGCCUAUGGCAGGACCCACAGGAAUUGACGAUGAGGACGAUUACGAUCCCGAGUUUUUGACUAGUGGUGAACCGGUGGUCGAGGCCAGUACAGAAAAAGCGCUUGAAGAACUCGCCCAGCCAGCGAUCGAGCUCGGACCUUUCGAACUGCCCAAACCACCCCCAGUAACUCCCCAAGACAUUGAAGUCCUAUCCGACCAAACAGUCGGGCACGUUUUUGAACUGGUUGCCUCUCUCGAAGCUGCCGGUCAAACACAUACGAAACAAAAACUAGGCCUCAACCGUCUUGCCGCCAGUACAAACGAUCGUGACUCCUGGAUCACCAUCCUCUUGCGACUGGCUACCCGCGCACCUUCUGGUCUGGACGACGUUGCAACGGCCCUGACGGAAGAUUCUGACGGUAACAAUCAAAUCGUCAAGGCAGAGGACAGGGACACCGAAGAACGCGACGUCGCCAAUCGGAUCCGCCAGACUCUCUUCAUGUACAUCCUGGACGACUUUCGACCUCGCUUGAACAUUGCCAUCUCUUGGCUUACGGAAGAGUGGUACGCAGAUAAACUAGCGGCAAAGACACAUCCCGAACUUGCCCAUCUACCCAACUAUUCUCGAUGGGUAAAUCGACUGAUCGAUCGGCUACUGCCCUAUCUCGACGCCAGGGAUAAGAACCUGUUGAUCCGAUUCCUGUCCGAGAUCCCCGCCAUCGAUCGUGAUAUUUUGGACCGAGUCAAAACUUUGGCGAGAGACCCGGAGAGAAUCAGCAUGUGUAUUUUGGCAAUGCAGUAUUUGCUCAUGAUGCGUCCGCCCACACGCAAUAUUGUGCUCGACGCCAUGGAAUCCAUCUGGUAUGAUGGUGACGCGCAGGCAAAGAGUGCAACUGCCAAGGUUCUUGCUAAGUGGAGGCCGGGCUUCUUGGAGCAAACUCAGCAGAGCGGACACGGACAGACACAGACUAAGAAGGAGGAAUCAAGUCCUAAAGAGGAGAAGGACACAGAGACCAAUGGGACGAAGAGUCCUACCGGCCUAAAGGAUCCGCGGAAAAGAGAAGCAUAA